GCCGCCCCUCGGCCUCCGGGGCCCCUCACCCGGCAACAACAAGAACAGCAAUAACAACAUCAACAACAACAUCAACAACAUCAUCAAGAUGCCCGUCAAGGAUUACGCCACUUUGAGGCUCGAGGCUCCGCAGACGUCGCCCAUCGGCAACCCUGCCGUUGCCGUCCACGAAGUCCGAAAGCUCGCCAUCGGACCGCACCCCGCCAACGUCCACCUGCAGCAGCAGCAACAGCAGCAGUACCAACAGCAGCUCUACCAGCAGCAGCAACAGCAACAACAGCAGCACUACCAGCAGCAGCAACAGCAGCAACAACAACAGUUCCAGCAGCAGCAGCAGAAUCAGUACUUGGGGCUGAGCAGCGUGGCCUCGCCGUCGCAGCACUCGCUGCAGUCGCCGCCCGGCUCGCAGUGCAGCCAACAGCUGUCGCAGCUGCAGGCGUGCGCGCGCCAGGCGCUG